CUUGUGUGUAAUUAACCUCUUCCGUGUUCCAGCCAUUGAAGUACCACCGUUUUUCUCUUUAUCUUAAUCAUCACAAUUUCCUUAUUUUAUUUAUUUAUUUAUUUUCCUUAUUUAUCCACUUAUAUAUAUAUGUAUAUAUAUUUUUUGAAGGAAUAUAUAUGUAUGUAUAUAUAUAGCUUCUUUUUCAGAUUUCUUCCUAACUUUUGUUCAUUCUUCAACCCUCACAAGUCACCACCUAACCAUCUCGUAAUAUUCCCUUAAAAAAGAUCUUUUAUCAAUCAAACGCAAGAUUCGGUUUUGAUCUCCUUAUUGGUGUUGCAGUCUGGUGAUUGUGGCUCAAGAUAUAUCUAAUUAUUUAUUCAAUGCUGAAUUGCUCUGAGUAUCUUAGGAUUGUGCGUUAUUGGGUGUACUAAAUUAUAGAGCUGUGAAGACUGCGAUUCAAUUUGCUGUAAAGUGCAAUAAGGAACCAAUAUAUGUUCAUUUGCUAACACACUGUCGUUCCUUUCAUUGUGACACAUUGCAGUUCAAGUAGAUGGCUAGUAGAAAAAGAAGCAUGCCGGGUGAAGUAGAUAAGCAUGCUCUGUACAAGGAAUGGGAUGAAGCUUCAUGCGCUAUAUGCAUGGAUCACCCACACAAUGCCGUUCUUCUACUUUGUAGUUCUCAUGAUAAGGGUUGCCGAACUUACAUUUGUGACACAAGCUAUAGGCAUUCAAACUGCCUGGAUCGGUUCAGGAAAGUCACAAUUGAAAAACCUGCUCCCCCUGCUCCCAGUUCAAUGAGGAGGAUCCCCUCACCGGUCAGGUUUAGAAGUAGGAGGCGAAGUUUUACUUUUCAAACUUCUAAUGGGAACUUAGGGUUGAGAACGCCAAGCAGUUUGUCUGAGUUUCGUGGGGAACUUGAUGCAUCUUCAGGUGAUGCUCUGGUAACCAAUGCUUUUGCGGGAGGAUCAGAAAAUGGCACCGCUAUUACAAAUGAUCACGUGGAGAUGAAUGAUGGGGUAGAAACUAGCAAUGCUGUCUCUGGAAGUGAAAGGGGUCCCGAAGGGGUUGAUGCUGACAACCCGUCAGAAUCAAAACCGGACCUCAGAUGCCCCCUGUGUCGUGGAAGCGUUUUGGGUUGGAAGGUUAUGGAAGAGGCUAGAAACUACCUUGAUUUGAAGCCUAGAAGUUGUUACCGUGAAUCAUGCUCGUUUGUUGGUAACUAUAGGGAACUGCGGCGUCAUGCUAGGAGAGUGCAUCCCACUGCCCGUCCUGCUGAUGUUGACCCGUCAAGAGAACGAGCUUGGCAACGCCUCGAAGACCAGAGAGAAUAUGGUGACAUUGUCAGUGCUAUCCACACAGCUAUGCCAGGUGCCAUCGUGCUCGGAGAUUAUGUAAUUGAAAAUGGAGAUAGGCUAUCGAGUGGACGAGGAAUAGGUGAAAACAGCAGAUUGCUUAGCACCUUCUUUCUGUUCCAAAUGAUCGGCUCAAUGGAUCCUACACACGAGCCAAGAGGCAGCAGGUCAAGGGCGUUGUCAAGGUACCGACGCUCCAAUGGACCUUUUUCUAGGCGGCGCUUUCUUUGGGGUGAGAAUUUAGGGCUUCACUAUGACGACGAUGACAAUGAUGACGGGAAUGAUGAAGUCGAGGAUGAACAUGACCUGAAUAUGUCGAAUGACUUGGGUGACAAUGGUUCUAACCCUAGAAGGCGGCGCAGAUUGAUGCGAUCCCGGUCAGAUGAAGAUCAAGAUUAGACUUUUGGGUGACAAUGGUUCUAGUUCUGUCAUUCCUGCUCCAAACAUGAACUGAUAUUUUCAUUCAGAUGUUUUAUUCAAGCUAUAAUACUUGUAAAUUGUCCUUGAUUCUUGAAUCUUGAAACUCCCAGAUUGCUGAAAGGUCAUGCUAUUAUCAUAUUGUUCUGCCAUUUGCUAGAUAUUAUGGCUUUGGUAACCAUGAACCUUGUUUGAAGAAAUAUCACUUUGAAACCAGUUAUGAUUAAUGUUUUAUCA